AUGAUCGCCAAGUUGGUAUCGCCGUUGGGCUCCCCCAAGUUGGCUGCCACAACGGCGCAAUUUCGAUCGUUUACCGACCCAAUUCCGGCGCGGCGGGCCUCUCUAUAUCGCCGUGUCCAGGACACAACGUUCGUUCUCCCUCAUGUACCGACCAAGCACAACGUUCCCAAGUACACGCGCGCCGAGUUCCCACGGAAGAUAUGGCAGACUUGGAAAGUCAACCCGCUCGCUUUUGAGCAACGCGAUCUCGACACCGCGCGGUCCUGGGUGGGAAAGAAUCCGUCGUACCGAUACGAAGUUCUGACCGACGGCAAUGACAUGCAGUACGUCGAGUGGCACUUUGGCCCCGACGGAUUCAACCGCCCCGAUAUUGUCAACUUUUACCGGAGUGUCAAGGCCGCGAUUGUCAAGGCCGAUCUCUUGCGAUAUCUGGUUAUGUACGCCGAGGGCGGUCUUUAUGCCGAUAUCGAUGUUGAAGCCCUCAAGCCGCUUUCGAAAUUCGUCCCGGAGCGGUACGACGAAGGCGAUAUCGAUAUGGUCAUUGGCGUCGAAAUCGACGAGCCCGACUGGAAGGACCAUCCCAUUCUGGGACCCAAGUCGCGGUCGUUCUGCCAAUGGACCUUCAUGUGCAAGCCACAACUGCCGGUCAUGAUGAGGCUGAUCGAGCAAAUCAUGACCUGGUUGAGCGGAGUUGCUAAGGAGCAAGGAGUGCCGCUUGCCGAAGUCAAGCUGGAUUUCGAUCAGAUUAUCAGCGGAACGGGCCCAUCAGCUUUUACCAACGCCAUCAUCGCCGAGAUGAACGAGCUCAACGACAACACCGGUAGGCCGAUCACCUGGGACGCUUUCCACGAUUUGGGAGAAUCUAAGCUUGUGAGCCGUGUUCUGGUCUUGACCGUUGAGGCCUUUGCUGCUGGCCAGGGCCACUCCAACUCGGGCAACCAUGACGCGCGUGCUGCCCUCGUAAAGCACCACUACCACGCUUCGAACUGGCCCAGCCGCCACCCGAGAUAUAAGCACCCGGCAUAUGGUGAGGUCGAACAGUGCAACUGGGUUGACGAGUGUGUUAAGAAAUGGGACGAGAACGUGGCCGCUUGGAGCAAGCUCUCGGAAGUCGAACAGAAGAGCAUUCUCGCCGAGAAAGAACGAAAAGAAAAGGAACGCGAGGAACAGCGGAAGAAGGAGGAAGAGGACCGCAAAAAGAAGGAAGAAGAGGACCGCAAGAAGAAAGAGGAAGAAGACAAGAGGAAGAAAGAAGAAGAGGAGGCGAAGGCGGCCAAGGAAAAGGCAGCCAAGGAGAAGAAUGCAGGCAAAGGGGGCGAGAAGGCGGCAAAGGACAACAAAUCUUAG